ACAGAAUGAAUGCCCUCACUGGUGUCCCUUUUAAGGUGCCCAAAGGCUUUCUGAUAGGUACAGAGUCCUUUGCUGGACCAGAGCUCAGUGUCCCAGCCUGUAGGGAGCUCCUGCUGAGUUCUAUGCAUGACUUCAGCCUGGAGAAGAGGACCCUCUUCUGGGUGGAGGCAGCAGUCCCGGGGCCGUGCCUGUGCCAGUGCCAUGGCUCUGGUACAGCGUCAGCCCCUCCAGCCUGGCUCCUGCUCAUCAGCCCAGAACAUGAGCUGGGGCCGGUGCCUGCUGCAGCUGAAGCCCUUAAAGCCAGACCCCAGGAGCAGCCGGAGAAAGAGGAUGAGGCCAAGAAAGAAGCCUCCUCUGGCAGGGAAGAAGAGCAGGAUCCCUGCACCCCAGAGAUGGGGUCCCUGCCAAAUCCCAACUUGGAUCAUGAUCAGUGCUCUUUGCACUUAAUGCAGGAUGUGAGGUCGGAGCCGGCGGGGGCGUGGUGGCAGUUCUCCGGGGAAAGGCUGGCUGCCGGCCCCCGAGCCCUCCUGCACCGCUUGCGCCAACGGGCACUGAGCCUCUGCCCCAGCCCUGUGCCACCCCUGUGCCCCCCGCCCCUGCACCCUGGCAUCCCGGCACCACCCCCACGGCCCUCCACUGCUGGCACGGUGCCCCCACCGCGGAGCCACAAGCCCACCAGCCCGUCCGUUAGCCAGGGCACCUGCCUGCCAUCUCCUCCGCAGCCUGCCCAGCCAUCAUACUCUGAUUCUGCUGACCUGCUGUCGGCCCUGAGCCAGGAGGAGCAAGACCUCAUCAGACCAGUGGUUGCCUUGGGGUAUCCCAUGCACAGGGCCAUUGUGGCUCUGCAGAAGACAGGGUGGAAGAGCCUGAGCCAGUUUCUCAACUACCUUAACGCCUGUGACCGGCUGCUGCAGCAGGGCUACGAAGAGGGCCUGGUGGAGGAGGCCAUGGAGAUGUUCCAGUUCUCUGAACACCAGGCAGGGCAGUUCCUGUACCUGUGGGAGCAGUUCCGUGACAUGGGCUUCCAGCAGGACCAGAUCAAGGAGGCGCUGCUAGUCCAUGGCAACCGCCGUGAGCAAGCCCUGGAGGAGCUAGUGGCCUGUGCCCAGUAACCACGGGGGUGUCUUCAUGCCCAUCACCCUAGACCAGUGCCAGACCUGGCAAUCCAGCUAGCUGUAUAAUUAAAAGCACCUAAGAAUAACAAAGUGAUGCAUGGUCUUUGUCAAAAUUCAAGCAGUGCCAGGGAUGGGAGUAGAUACCGCUUGGGGCUGGGGUGGGGGUGGGGAUGUGGUGUAGAACUUUACCAUUUUGUUUCCAGCAGGAACUCUAACAAAAAAGCAGGUUAAUAUGAGAAAAAAGGUUUUAUACCAUAUAGCACACCCCACAGAAACCUCAAAGAAAAGAAACUCAAAGGAGCAGGUAGAACUCUGACUGAUAUAACAACAAACCCACAAUAAAUGUGUAGAGAAAUGACAAGACAGGCCCUCCCUGGUGGUGCAACAUGUUAAAGCACAGCACUAUGAAGCUGUCCGC